CUCCACUCGGGACUCUGCACACACAGAUGCUCAGAUUGUCAGACUGCUGUCACUGAACUGCUCUCCCUCUGUCUGUCAGUCUGUCUGCGGGGUCCACACUCCAGCACUUAGUCUGAUCUACUUUGGACCCUAACCUGUGUUGUGAUCCUGUCUGAUCUGGACCGAGUUACAGUCAGUCAGACUGUGUUUCUCCUCUUCUUCUUCUUCCUCCUCUCCUGCGGUAAAUCCUGCAGCUGUGAUGUGUGUGUGAGCAGCACCCUGAGGUGUCUCCAUCAUGGACAGGAUAGGGGUCUCCUUCUUGGACCCUCUGGAUGAAUACGAGUUAAUCCACAGGAUCGGGUGCGGCACAUACGGAGAUGUGUUCAAGGCUCGUAACAUCCGGACGUCUGAACUGGCAGCUAUCAAGAUCGUCAAGCUCGACCCGGGCGACGACAUCACGUCCAUCCAGCAGGAGAUUACCAUGAUGAAGGAGUGCAAACAUAAAAACAUCGUGGCAUACUUCGGCAGCUACCACAGGAACACCAAACUCUGGAUCUGUAUGGAGUACUGCGGAGGAGGGUCACUCCAGGACAUGUACCACGUGACGGGUCCACUAAAGGAGAAACAGAUCGCGUAUGUGUGUAGAGAAACCCUCCAGGGUUUGUAUCACCUGCAUGAAACUGGGAAAAUGCACAGAGACAUAAAGGGGGCAAACAUCCUCCUGACAGAGAGAGGAGAUGUUAAACUGGCUGAUUUUGGAGUUGCAGCAGAGAUCAGCGCCUCUGUGGCCAAGCGGAAAUCUUUUAUAGGAACUCCUUACUGGAUGGCUCCUGAAGUGGCUGCAGUGGAAAAAAAAGGCGGCUAUAACCACUUGUGUGACAUCUGGGCUGUCGGCAUCACAGCCAUCGAGCUGGCUGAGCUCCAGCCACCCAUGUUCGACCUCCACCCCAUGAGAGCGCUGAUGCUGAUGUCAAAGAGCAACUUCCAGCCUCCACGGCUAAAGGAUAAAACAAAGUGGUCUGCAGGUUUCCAGAGCUUUGUGAAGAUGGCUCUCAUUAAAAACCCUCGUAAAAGGCCAUCAGCUGAGACUCUGCUGCAGCAUCCGUUCGUGACUCAGCUGCUGACUCGUAACCUCAUCAUCGAGCUGCUGGACAUGGCCAACAACCCCGAGCUGCACACCACACACUCACACAGCAUGGACGACAUGGACCUAGAGGUCGGGGAAGUCGGUCCAGACAAGAUCCAGUCAGCGGGGAAACACCUGCCGGCAGAGAGGACACUAUCUGAGGAACAAUUCGACCAGGUGAAGUUCGGGCCUCCACUGAGGAAAGUUACAGAGCCAUAUCCUGAUCUGCCGGGCUCUUAUGAAGACGACUGGAGUCUGUCCGGAGACGAAGAUAAUUCCCCGAGUCUGUUGGAAUGUGUGGAACAAGCUCUGCAGCUCAGGAGUUUAACCAUCAGGAGGGCGCCCUCUACUGAUGGAGGUAGGAAGAGCGGUCUGUUCAGUCCAUCCACAGCCUCCCUCCCAGCCUUCAGCUCUUUAAGUCCAAACUCAGAGGACAGUGACCCAACGCUGAGACCAAGCUGCACGCUGGGCCCUGAAACUGUUAUCACUCCUGACUCCACCUCCACUACAGUAUUGUCCAGGUGUUCGGCCACACAGGAUAUCAGACAGCGCUGCAGUGACCCAUGUCUGCCUGCAGGGGAUGCUGUAACAUCAGAGAAAAGACGAGCUACGCCUGUUACCUCUCCAAAAAGAGAGACCCCACUCUCACCUGAAUGGAGCACGCUGAGGAGAAAGACUGAGGACUCUAGGGCUGCCUGUCAUGGACUCCCUCCUACCCCUCAAGUCCAUAUGGGAGCCUGUUUCUCUAAGGUCUUCAAUGGUUGUCCUCUUCAAAUCCACUGUGCCGUCACAUGGAUUUUACCCAAAACAAGGGAUCAGUACCUCAUUCUUGGGGCAGAGGAGGGUAUCUACACUUUAAACCUGAAUGAACUUCAUGAAGAUACACUAGAGAAGAUGCUCCCUCAGAGAUCUACGUGGCUGUAUGUCAUGAACAACGUGUUGAUGUCUGUAUCAGGAAAGUCAUCCCAGCUUUACUCGCACAGCCUGACGGCUCUGUUCGAACAGAGAGGACAUCUGCAGAAGAAACAAAGCAGUCUCUCUCUCAGCACCAACCGCUUCGCUGAGAGGAUCAGCACCAGUCACAGGAAGUUUGCCAUAUCUGUGAAGAUCCCUGACACUAAAGGCUGCAGGAGGUGUAGUGUAGCAAGAAACCCUUACACAGACAGUACCUUUCUGUGUGCAGCUGUCCCGUCUGGUAUCGUCCUUCUGCUGUGGUAUGAGCCUCUGCAGAAGUUCAUGCAUCUAAAGCACAUACCGAUCAAGCUGCCAGACUUUCUCCCCAUCUUCGAGCUGCUGGUGUUGGUGACGGACGAGUUUCCUCAGCUGUGCGUCGGAGUGAGAGACUGCGCCAACGGGAAGCGUCCCGUCAGUGAACAGCUCCAGUUUGAUAUCAUAGAGCUCAACAGCUCGCCUGUUUCAUCACCAGACAGUGGAGCUCUCAAUGCUGCACAGGUGACCCAACUGGACAGAGACACAGUCCUCAUUGCUUUAGAAAAAACUGUGAAAAUCGUGAACCUGAGGGGACUUCCAUCCAAAGAUCUUGCUGCUGAGAUGGUCUUUAACUUCCCCAUUGAAACUCUAGUCUGUUUACAGGACAGUGUGCUGGCUUUCUGGAAGCACGGUCUUAAAGGGAAGAGCUUUCAUUCAGAUGAGGUUACUCAAGAAAUUACAGACGAGAGUCGAGCAUUCAGAGUUCUGGGGACAAACAGGGACAUCAUCCUGCAGAGCACACCGACAGCUGAUCCGUCCGCUCUGAGUAACCUCUACAUCCUGACCGGCCAUGAAAGCAGCUACUGAGAGGAAACAAAGGGUUAACUUCUUCCGAAAACUCACACUGAAGAGAAAUCUGUUCAAAAUGACUGUUUGAGAAAUGAUUCAUCUGUUACUGAAGCUGUAGAAGCACAAACUGAUCGCUCAGACUUCCUGCUAUGGAAGCCCAGAGGGGACAGAAUUAAAAAGUCGAACAUGCAAGAGCUAAAAGAGCAGCAAAUACUCCUCAUUGGAGCAAAGGUUGAAAUCAAAAUGCAAUAAUACAAUUUGCUUCCCAUUUUCACGUUUGAAAAGCUUCCUGUCUUAUAGAGAGAUGAAGACAGACAAGGUGUUUUCAAAGUCCAUCUCUCAGCCCUGGUUUAAUGUUUGAACUUACAGCAGGAGAACAUUUUACACAAAUAACACAUGCAGAUACACAAGAAAUGAUGAUGUAAUUAUGGGAUUUAGUUUAGAUAUGUCAGCUUCCCUAACAUGCAGUGAAUAACAGGUUUCAGUAUGUUAUGUAGUCGCUUGUCAGUGUGCUUAAUGAGCUUUAACUCUGUUUUUCUAAAGUUGCCUACGGUAAGAAAAUAGAAAUUCAAAUACAGAAGAGGGAAAGUAUCAGAGAAUUAUCAAUCUGCUUGUUUUAGAAUAGAAAAAAUCAUGGACAUAACAUCUGUGCGUGCACUUAAAGUAUCCGUACUAAUGUUUUAAAACUUCUACUUGCUUUCACUGUUCGCUGUCGUCUUUCUCAGUUACUGUAACUUGACGGUUUGGACGAUAUGAGAGAAAGUGAGGGGGACAGGUUCUGAGUUUAAAAGAAGUAGACGUGGUUUUGUGGUCUCAAAAGAGGAACCAAGCUGAUGUCCCCUCAGGGCCUGAGUCCACUAACGCCGUUCUUUACGCAUGGAGCGUCCCUUUUCUAAACAAAGUCAGUACUUUUCAGUGUUCUGUCUGCAAAAACAUCCUUAAACAUCAUGGUUUUAGUCGCUGUGUUGAAAGUAGUUCCACUUUUGGGAGACCGCUGUGCUCAUCAUGCCAUUUCUGAUGUUAGAUUUGUCAUCAACAGUAGCGCACGUCCGUGCAGAGAUGAAACUAACCACACUCGUUUUUCUGUCAAGGAAAAACAGCAAAAACUGAACACUGGCCCUAAACCUGCAUUCUUACUAAUGUCCAACAGGGGGCGACUCCACUUGUGUAAACAGUUUUAUUGUAUAGAAGUCUCUGAAAAAUGGUCCUCCUUCUCAACUGAUUUAUUCCCUCAGUAAACGUUUGACAGAAUGAUGUUCAUUUAGUAACUUAAGGUCCCAUUUAGAGUCACGGUGACCAGGAAGCAGAGGAGGAGUUCAGGUGGGGCAACCUUCAGCAUUUGACUUCACAAACAGACAUUAUGAGAAGUCAGCUGUGAAAUAUUUCAGCGGCUAGAUUUUAUUUAAAGUCUUUUUUUGACUAACUGGAAUUAGCAUCCAAAUACCUGCACGACUGGAUAACCUAGCUAACUUUUAACCAAGUUUAAUCUCCUCUGGCUGUAAAAAGACAGAGGACGUAAUGGCCUAAAGGCUGAACUUCAGGCCUUAAGAUAGAAGUCUACAAACUGAUUGUUUUGCCUUGCCUAAUAAACUUUCCCGUUUAAAAGAACUGCUGUUAGCAUAAUCCAAAGCUCCCCACUUGCUUUAGUUAAGCUUUUAAAAAAUUGUGAGAUUCCCUGAAUGCUCUAAAAACAUCCAAAUAACCCUCAAACUGAGAUUUCAAUAUAGUUAUCAUAAAACUCACUGGAAUACAGCUGUUUGAUUCAUAUACAGGACUACAGAACACACAUGUUAGCGUUGUGUUGCAGCUAUCCUACAUGUAGAAGGAUUUGGGCCACAUCAGGGGGGACAUUUGGGAUUACAUUUUUAAUAUUACAGGAAUGUAGACGUAAUAUAAAGAGAGUAAAGUCGUAGCAUUACAAGGCGUCAUAAAUUCAUAAGAAUAAAGUUGUAAAUGAACUAGAUUAAAGUCACAUUUCUGUGAAAAUAAGUUGUAGAUUUACGUGAAUAAAGUCGUAAAUGAACAAGAAAAAGAUCUGUAGAGAUUUCUGUCUGUGUCCCAUAAGUGCCAUAAACAGGUUGAAGUUGUGUGUUCAUGUCCGUAUAAUUGACCCUGUUUACACAGAGACUAAAUGUGCUUCUUAUCACAUGAGGUGCCAUUAAACUGAACGCAGUUAAA